AUGGAAAAUCAAGGUAAAUCGCAAAUCUCAAUUUUGUUCAAUUAUCAAUUUUCAUUUCUUUCUCUCUCUUUCUUUCUUUCCUCCACAGGAGAAAAUUCAAUAAACAUACCAACUAAUGAUCAUCAUGAAAUUUCAUCGAAUGAUUGUGUCGAAGGACUUGCUUUGUCAAUGACAAGAAUAAUUGAAGGGGAUACCUAUCCGAUCUCAGAUAAUGAUUCAGCAACAGAUUCAAUGUAUAUAAUCGACACGAACAUUGGUAAAUUACCACAAACUAAUGACGAACAAGAUGAAUUAAAUCGUAAGUAA